ACUUCCAUGGCCAAGAAAACUUUUGGCUUUCACUCUAUAAAUAAAGCGUCCUCGCCUCCCACCGUUCUUCCCCCUCCCCUCCUGCACUUUUCCAUGCAACUCGAUCUGGCACAAGGAAAAGUAGAUCUAGAGAAGCGCUAUAAUUGAAUCUAAGAUGGGAUUUCCGCAGUCACCCACGCAAGAACAGAAGAUGGAAUCUUUCUCAAGAGCGAGGCUGGAAGACAAUGGAGAUUCUAUCUUGGGCUCUUACUCUUCAUGGCUAAGAGAGCACCCGUCUGCCUUGUGCACAUUUGAAGGAAUCAUGAAGAAAGCCGAAGGUAAAGAGAUUGCGGUGUUCUUGGACUAUGAUGGUACCCUCUCUCAGAUUGUAGACAAUCCUGAUCAGGCGUACAUGACAGAAAAGAUGCGCUGCGCCGUACGCGAAGUUGCAGACUGCUUUCCCACUGCAAUUGUUAGUGGAAGGUGUCGCGAAAAGGUAUAUGAAUUUGUGCAACUGAACAAUGUCUGUUAUGCUGGAAGUCAUGGAAUGGAUAUAUCCAUCCCAUUAGCCUCCUCGAAGAGCCAGGACAAUAGGCAUCAAACCAGAGCUUUGGAUGAAAAGGGGGAUGAAAUCGUUUGGUUCCAACCAGCUCAAGAUUUCCUAGAUACAGUUCAGGAGAUAAUGAGACUGUUGAAGGAAAGAACUACAAGAAUAGACAGUGCCAUGGUCGAAGACAAUAAGUUUUGCAUAUCGGUGCACUACCGUUGUGUGGAUGAGAAGGAUGUUGGGAAACUCAAGCAGAUAGUAGAAUCCACAAUGGAAGCAUAUCCAACAUAUAGAAUUACCUGUGGCAAAAAGGUUAUGGAGAUACGUCCUCCGGUCGAAUGGGACAAAGGCCGAGCCAUCGAAUUUCUACUAGAAAGUCUCAACGCAAAUGGCCACUGUAACGUCCUUCCCUUGUAUAUAGGGGACGAUGAUACCGACGAAGAUGCUUUCAAGGUUAUUAAAAGAACUAAACACGGUUUCUCCAUUAUCGUUUCUUCUGUCCCAAGGGAGACCGUGGCCUCGUACUCUUUGCGAGACCCCAAUGAGGUCCAUUCUUUCUUGACAAACCUCGCCAAGUGGAAAAGAAGCGCUUCUUCGAGUUAACCGACUCGAUACCUGAAGGCCACCACAAGCCUGCAAACCACUCGGUUGGUUCCGAUCCAUAUAGAAGCAACGUGAAUUUGCCAAUGUUUUCGUUUGGCAAAUUUGCCUUCAGCCAAGGAUGUUCUUGGAUUUGUAAUUUAUACUUGGUAGCUAGCCACCCCAUGAGAAAUGUAACGUAGUGGAGCAAAAGAGACCUCGCUACACUACUUACCAAUUGAGAAGAUUCCGCUAUAUGAGUGAAUCUUGUAUGAUCAGCAAAGUCAAAGAGUUUGGGAACUAGUAACUUUUUGGUCCUUUUA